UUCGUUUUUCGAUUGCAUGUAAUACUUCAGCAUCAGUCUGCACAAGCCCAGGGAGCCCGGAGCAACGAAGGGCAGGCUCAAGGGAAGGCCCCACCAAGUCCUUUUGGGGGGGCCUUGAAUGGCAACUGAUACAUAAUAAGACACAAUCUAUUCUGCUGAUUCACAAUUAUGGAGACUGUAGCCUACGGUGACCAAACCGCGUGAACCGGAAGCAAGAAAGGCCUCCCUUCAAGCAAAUUCCAUUCUGCGGGGUUCUUCCAAGAGGUAACUAAAGAUCGAAGCAGGGCCUAAAAAUAAGCCUUCAAAGAAGAAGGGAUUUGCCUGCCUUUGGCUCUGAGCAGGUCCCUGUGGACGCCUUGCCGUUUCUAUGAUUGGAUGCUGGGAAACUCACUGGGCCAAAGGUCGACACAUGAAGUCACCCUAACGAGGGUGGCUGCCGCUUCGUGAAGACCUCGUCGCCACGAGGUGAGGCUAAGAUGAGCAUAACCAGCGACGAGGUGAACUUUCUGGUGUAUCGCUAUCUCCAGGAGUCAGGUUUUUCCCACUCGGCCUUCACCUUUGGUAUCGAGAGCCACAUCAGCCAGUCCAACAUCAAUGGGACACUAGUGCCGCCGGCCGCCCUCAUCUCCAUCCUCCAGAAGGGCCUGCAGUAUGUGGAGGCCGAGAUCAGCAUUAACGAGGACGGCACAGUGUUCGACGGCCGCCCCAUAGAGUCCCUGUCCCUGAUCGACGCUGUGAUGCCCGACGUGGUGCAGACCAGGCAGCAGGCGUUCCGAGAGAAGCUCGCGCAGCAGCAGCAGGCUAGUGCAGCAGCAGCGGCGGCGGCAGCUGCAGCAUUUUUUUUCUGCGGCAACGCAACAGCAGCCACGGCAACCCCAGCGGCUGUUUCUCAGCAAAAUCCACCAAAGAACGGAGAGGCCACGGUGAAUGGGGAAGAGAACGGAGCACACGCAAUAAAUAAUCACUCAAAACCAAUGGAAAUUGACGGGGAUGUUGAGAUUCCGCCCAACAAAGCCACAGUGCUUCGGGGUCAUGAGUCUGAAGUGUUCAUCUGUGCCUGGAACCCUGUCAGCGACCUACUAGCUUCUGGGUCUGGAGACUCCACUGCGAGGAUAUGGAACCUUAAUGAGAACAGCAACGGGGGCUCCACCCAGCUGGUGUUGAGGCACUGUAUACGAGAGGGCGGUCACGACGUCCCCAGCAAUAAAGAUGUCACCUCGCUGGACUGGAACAGCGAUGGAACAUUAUUGGCUACGGGUUCAUAUGACGGCUUUGCAAGAAUAUGGACAGAAGACGGUAACCUGGCCAGCACCCUUGGCCAACACAAAGGCCCCAUCUUUGCCUUGAAAUGGAACAAAAAGGGGAAUUAUAUUUUGAGCGCUGGUGUAGACAAAACAACCAUCAUCUGGGAUGCCCACACAGGAGAAGCCAAACAACAGUUUCCUUUUCAUUCAGCCCCUGCCCUUGAUGUGGACUGGCAGAACAACACUACCUUCGCCUCCUGCAGCACGGACAUGUGCAUUCACGUGUGCAGGCUCGGCUGUGACCGCCCGGUCAAAACCUUCCAAGGACACACGAACGAAGUCAAUGCCAUCAAGUGGGAUCCUUCUGGAAUGUUGCUAGCAUCCUGCUCCGAUGACAUGACAUUAAAGAUCUGGAGUAUGAAGCAGGACACCUGCGUGCACGAUCUCCAGGCUCACAGCAAAGAGAUCUACACCAUCAAGUGGAGUCCCACCGGGCCGGCCACCAGCAACCCGAACUCCAACAUCAUGCUCGCAAGCGCUUCGUUUGACUCCACGGUGCGGCUGUGGGACGUCGAGCGAGGCGUUUGCAUCCACACACUCACCAAGCAUCAGGAACCUGUCUACAGUGUAGCUUUCAGUCCUGAUGGGAAAUAUUUGGCCAGCGGCUCUUUUGACAAGUGUGUUCAUAUCUGGAAUACUCAGAGUGGAAGUCUUGUGCACAGCUACCGAGGCACCGGCGGCAUCUUCGAGGUGUGCUGGAACGCCCGAGGGGACAAAGUGGGAGCCAGUGCCUCUGACGGCUCUGUCUGUGUUUUAGAUCUGCGGAAGUAAACACAAAAUAUUAUAGAAAAAAAGAAUUCUAAUGGACCAGCCGUGAAUGUGUGGGGUCGCAGCACUGUUAAACACAAUUCUGUCAGCUCCAAAACUGUACAAACGUGACUUGCGUGAGAGUGUACUUUGAAAUCAACUCAUCCCCGGCCACAGGAGUCUCUAUUUUUUCGUAACCUUCAUCGAGAAGUUUAAGAAAAACAAACAAAAGUAUACAUAUAGUCAUGUCCAAGGGGGAAAGAAGGAACGGUUUCCACAGAGGAUGUCCAGCCCGAGAGCGAAGCCACCAGCUUAGGGACACCGCUUGGUUUCCACCCAGAACAGGCCCUGAUGGCUGAAAGGAAAAAGGAAAGAAGAAAAGCCGCGUCAAAAAAAAACCAGGCAAAACGCUGUGAUACACCAAACGGAGGAGAACAGUCGUUCCUCCCGUGAUUCUUUUUUCUUUCCCCUCACAAUUUGGACACUACAGUUUCUCUCGCAAAGGAUGUUCAGAGACCAGUUUGUACCCAUGAAGUGCACAACUUUGUAAUCCCAACACUUUCUAUUUUCUAGAACCUUCUUUGUUCGGUGGUUUUUCUAUCAGCUGGAGUCCUGUCGUCUGGGGGCCUUCCGUCUGAGAUGGAAACUGUCGUGGUUUGUCACUUCUUUCCUGUCGUUCCUUGUCUCCUCCGCCUUCUUCCUUUGUCUGGUGUGGUCUUGCUUUUCAGUGCACCGUCAAUACACACAGCCACGUGGACACGAGGACAACAUCUUUGAUGGACAGCUCUCUCCCUCCCUCUCUCCUCCCUCCCUCCCUGCAUCCCUCGCUCACUCUCUGUCCCUUUCUCAUAGUUGCUUCAGAUCUUAGGUCUCAAGGGCACUUUCGGCGCAUAGUAAGUGCUUUAUGUAAGAAGGCAGGGCAGGGGGACUUUUUACAGGAGAAAAAAAAAAUGACUUAUAAGAGAAAGAGCCUGGAGUAUUUUUGGAAAAAAAAAAUAAUAUUUUUAUGUUAAAACAAUUUUAAAAUCCUAAAAUGGCCAUCAGACAUAGAGAGCUUUGUGUGAUUCAUAUUUUAAGAAGAAUUUAAGAAGACACAGGCAGGGUCUGAGAUAGAUUUCCCCUUUCCCCUCAGCUUCAUGAAAGGCGGUUAGGAAACCUGGUGGAAAAAGGUCAGUUCUGUGGAGCAGAUGCCAGCUCGUCCUGCAGCCCCGGAGGAGGACGCAGCUCUCUGGUUCAGAACACAUUGCAUCCUUGUGUGCAUUGCCCUUAGCAGCCACAGGGAAGAAGUGAAAGGAUGACAUGCACUCUGACCUGGAGGAAGCAGUGCAGCACCGUGAGGUACUGAGGCCACCACAGCCAACAGCUGGGCUCCACAUCACCUGCUAGCUGCAGCCGUCUCAAAGCAGGAGAAUCCCCAACGGCCAUUUCUCCGAGAGCUUGCUUAGCGCAACCUUGCAGAGCUGACGCAGAGGCUCCAGGAUGUCACUGGGUCUACCGAUGACACACAUGAUUGCGAUUGCGGAAGGACAGGUUCAGUCCUGAAGGUGAAUUCUGUAGAUAGAAUGUCACUAAUCAUUUUUGCAGUCUUUAUCAUUUCUUUCUCUCACAACGGACUAGGAGAAAGAUUAUUUUAAAGAAAAAUAAUCUUUUUACUGUUUUUAAAAAAUUAAACAAGGCUUUGUGUUCCCAGGAGAGUUUGGUUUCAUUUGGAUCAGGCACUUUGUAAACUUGUUGGCAUAUCCUGACGCUGACUCAGUUUUUAAAUUAGCAAGGGGGAAUGGACCCACAGAUAAGGCCUCUUCUCUUCUCUGGUUUUCCUGCGGGUGGGCAUAGGAAGGGCCUGCUGUUGGCCAGGCCUGUAGAAGCCGCUGAAUUGGCUGGCAGUUAGAUAGGGUUUAGCCUGGUGUGUAUUCAAAUGCGGAGAUGUAUUAUUCAGAGGGUUUUGCCCUUCGUGGAGCUGAAAAUCAACCAUCAGGAAGAACUAAAAGGCUUCAAAAGCCAAGGGUACAUUGAUCAUUCUCAGAUAGUUCUUUGGCCUCCACUUGGGCGUAUGAAUUAUUCACGCCCCAAAAAAGACCAAAAAGUGCUCAGUUUCCGCCUUGAGUAAUUCCAUCCUUGUUCGAGUUCUGUUAUCUAAAGUUAGCAAAGGAGGAGAAGGUGAUGCGGCAUCCCCACGCCCGGUUGAAGAGAGCCAGGUGUCCCUAGAUGGGUUGAUGACGUCCUGUCCAGAGACCAUGUGAGGUUUGGGAUGUAGUUUGUUGGGGCCCAGUUAAAAACUCUGCAACCCUCCUGGAUGAAAACUCGCUCAUCUGCCCAGAGCAUCAGCGGGGAAGGGCCAGCGCGUGGUCGGCCUGUGUGGGACAAGCCAGGAGCGACCGUGGGGCAGUGAUGGGCGGGGAGUCCCUAGGCCAUCUUCACAGGGACGUCCGCAGCCUGGGUCUCGCCGACCCGCCGGCUUCAGGCUCUUGGUGAAUCCGAACCACACCUGAACUGGGAGGCCGGAGCUUCUGUCAGAGGCCCCAGGCUCGAACCCGGUGCUCGGUGAGCCUGAGAGUCACCCCUGG